GCCGGGCCGCGGGGCGGCGCUCGGGCCGCUGCGGGAUCGGAGCCGGAGCCGCGGCGGAGCGGGCCGCCGGGAGGGAAGGGCCGCCGCCCGGCCGCGCAGGGGAGGCGAGGCGCGCGGGGCGGGGCGGGGCCGGCGCGACGCGAAGGGGCGGCCGGGCGGCCGGAGCCGCGCCUCGCCAGCCGGGUGCAGCCGCCGCGCGCCGAGCGCCACGAUGGGGCUGGAGACCGAGAAGGCGGACGUGCAGCUCUUCAUGGACGAGGACGCCUACAGCCACCACAGCGGCCUGGACUACGCCCACCCCGAGAAGUACGUGGACUCGGACCCGGAUCGGGAUCCCAACCAGCUCAACUCGCAUCUCAAGGUGGACUUCCAGGAUGUGAUCGCAGAGCCCGAGUCCACGCACUCCUUUGACAAGGUGUGGAUCUGCAGCCAUGCCCUCUUCGAAGUCAGCAAAUACGUGAUCUACAAGUUCCUGACCGUGUUCCUGGCUAUCCCGCUGGCCUUUGCCGCGGGGAUUCUCUUUGCCACCCUCAGCUGUCUGCACAUCUGGGAGUAUGUGACCAAAGCUAUGAAAACAUCACAUGAUCACAAUGGGUCUGAUUUUUAAAUUCUUUAAAGAAACAAGUGAAAAUAAGAACAACAACAACCAACAAACAAAACAACAACAACCCUGAACUCAGUCUGGCGAUGUAUCCCAGGCCAGAGUUCAGGUCAUUAGGAUCCAGGGAAUUGGUUUGAUUCCACACCACGCUCAGGCUGAGUAGCCACCAUUUGGCAAUUGCAAGUUAUUGAUCACAAGUAAAUCAUACCAAGAAAUGUUGGCUGGAGCUCCCUUACCCCUUAUAUUUGCUGGGAUACAAUUCAAAUACCUGUUCCUGUGUUGGGGAUGCAGCAGUAUCAGUCUCAUUUUCCGGAAGAUUUUUUAAUAAAUCAAAUUGCUAUGACAAUUCAAUCUGCAUG